AUGUCUUAGGUUAAAUUAUUCAGUGUGUGUCCCUCAUUUAUAAACAUUUAAAAACAUCAUUAUUUGCAUUUGACAUGAAGACACACACAUUAACAUUUUGCUGUGAAUAUAUUAUGGGUAAGAGUAUACUGUCUGUAUGAUGGCAGACGGUCUUCAGAAGAGGAAUUUGCUCUCUAGUAACCCUGACUUUCAUCUCUAAUCAUCAGCUAGUGAAACUGCAUGCGGAGGGCUGAACACACCUAAGAGACCUUCACAUUAUCAACUAUUACAACCUUUUGCUUACAUUGGAAUGUCACUGCAUAACUGUGAACUCUGAUCAAGGCCAUUGCUGCAAUGGUCUAGGUAACAUUUGUUUUAAAGAUCUUCUGGGUUUUUUUUUUUACAGUCAGCUGUAAGGCUUGAGGCCCACAAAGACUUCCAUUGGUUUGACAGGUUAAUGAAUAGCUUAUGAUGGUUACUGGAGUUCAGUUGUUAUACAGCCCCCUUUUCCCUUUGUGGGUAUAUAAGUAUGGCUCUUUUUUCCACCCUCUAGCAUUACUCUUGGCAUUAAGCUUAAGGAGUGCUCUGUUCCAACUCUCUGAUCAUACCAUUAGACCAGUCAAGAUGCUGACAGUAUCAUUUAUAUGGGGGUUAGUCGUAGCAUUGUGCUGCUUUUUCUGGCUUAUUGUUGGAAUCCGAAGAAGGAAACCUGGGGAACCUCCUCUAGAGAAUGGACUCAUUCCUUACCUUGGAUGUGCCCUGCAGUUCGGUGCCAAUCCCCUUGAGUUUCUCCGAGUGAGGCAAAAUAAGUUUGGAAAUAUCUUCACCUGCAAAAUAGCUGGCCAAUUUGUUCACUUUGUGACUGAUCCAUUUUCAUUCAGUUCAGUAAUGAGGCAUGGCCGGCACUUUGAUUGGCAAAAGUUCCACUUUGCAACCUCUGCCAAGGCAUUUGGGCAUAGCAUGUUGGACUCGUCUGACAGCGAAUUAACCCAAAUUGUGCAUGACUCGUUUCUGAAAACCCUGCAGGGUGAAGCCCUGGACCCUCUCAUUUCAAGCAUGAUGGAAAAUCUUCAACAUACCAUGUUGCAAAACAGUUCUUACGAAGUAAACAGUAAAGCCUGGGUGACUGAGGGUCUCUAUGCCUUCUGUUACCGUGUGAUGUUUGAGGCUGGGUACCUAACACUUUUUGGCAAAGAGUUUAACUCACUAGAAGACAAGAAUCUUGCCAGACAAGAAGCACAGAGAGCUCUCAUCCUCAACGCUAUUGAGAAUUUCAAGGAGUUUGACAAGAUUUUUCCUGCUCUUGUAGCGGGAUUACCAAUCCAUGUAUUCAAAUCAGCCUACAGUGCCCGAGAAAACCUUGCCAAGGACCUUCUGCAUGAGAACCUGAGAAAGCGAUACAACAUCUCUGAACUUGUCAGCCUGCGCAUGUUAAUGAAUGACACUAUGACUAGCUUAAAUGACACGGAAAAAGCAAAGACUCAUCUGGCUCUCCUGUGGGCUUCACAAGCAAACACAUUACCUGCAACAUUCUGGAGUGUUUUCUAUCUUCUCAAGUGCCCACAUGCAAUGAAAGCAUCCAAAGAAGAGGUCCAUAGGGUUUUAGAAAAGGCUUCCCAGAAAGUCAACAAUGAUGGCAAAUAUAUAUUUCUCAACCGUCAUGAACUAGAUGAUAUGCCAGUCCUAGACAGCAUAAUUAAAGAAGCAAUGAGGCUAUCCAGUGCGUCACUAAACAUCAGAGUCGCCAAAGAGAAUUUCGUGUUACAUAUGGAUGACAACCAGGCAUACUACAUCCGAAAAGAUGAUAUUGUGGCACUUUACCCACAGGUGGUUCAUUUAAAUCCUGACAUCUAUGAGAACCCUAAUACUUUUAAGUAUGACCGCUAUCUGGGAGAAGAUGGAAAAGAAAAGACCAAUUUUUUCCUUAACGGCCGCAAGCUGAAAUAUUACUACAUGCCAUUUGGAUCUGGAAAAACCAAGUGUCCUGGCAGACAAUUUGCUGUCCAUGAGAUUAAACAGAUGCUGACUUUGAUCAUAUGCUACUUUGACAUGGAACUUGUUGACAAAAAUGUUAGAUCUCCACCAUUAGACCAGUCCCGCGCAGGGUUAGGAGUCUUACAGCCAACGCAUGAUGUUGAUUUCAGAUACACGUUAAAAGCUCAUUAAGCAGCAAAGUUCCAAAUACAAUGCCAAGUGACAGCCCCAGCAUCUGUUUUCUAAUUUAUUUUAUUUACCAGCAUACCUCAGUCCAAGGGGAGCGCUGGGAGUUGAUAUAAAACAACUAAGAGGCCAUAAACUGGACACCCCUAAUUUAAAAGUUGGUUCUCUUCUUAACCCUAGUACUUAUUCUGCAAUUUACAGACUUUAUUUAACAUUCAGAUAUUGCCCAAAUCAUGUGCCAGUUCUACAUUCUCAUUUGUAUUAUAGUGUUUAAACUAUUAUCCCUCUGUAAAUACUUCUAUUUCUUUCUUACAAAACUAUAUUAUUAUUGCUAAUAGUUAUAGGUGUAUCUUAUCGGCCUGACAUGGGGAAACCUGAGCACCACUAGAUGUUGCUGGACAAAAACUUUCAGAAUCCCAUUGAAAGCUACAGGCCCAGUCACAUCUAGAAAGCUAGGGGUUUAACAUGGCUAUAAUUAUAAUGUAAUUACAUGUAUAGCGUGCAAUAAAUUGUAAAUAAAAUGUAUAUGAUGACUUCUAAACCUGUGUACAGCUCAGACUUUCAGCAUAAUGCCCAUAAACCCAUACAUAUGUUUAGGUAACCUAUUAAUGUAAAUAAUGUGUUAAUUGGUGUAUAGUAUGUGUACUUUUUUAAUGAAUAAUAAAAAAAUUUUUUAUCAUUGCUGAAUAUAUUGA